UACUCACUCGAUAUAAGGCGACGUCCGUGACGCGCGUCUCUCUGGCUCUUUUCGAAACGGGGGAAAAAACCCAAAAAAUUUCCCUUGGAGAAGUAAACAUGAGAGAAGAAGUUAUCAGCUCCGGAGGAGGGAACAUGGAUCCCACCCCUGCUGCGAGUUCUGCUGGGGCAUCCUCACCUGCUGUACCAGCAAAUGUUGGAAGUAUAGAGAGGUCCAGUCAAGCUCAUAAUUCCAAAGCAGCCUCUCUAUCUGGUGUUGGCUCACAAGUACCUUGGACCUCCUUGAGCACCAGUGCUGGUGGUUCUGUUCUUGGAUCAUCAAGGCCUUCAUGCAGGCCUUGGGAAAGAGGGGAUUUGCUAAGGCGGUUGGCUACUUUUAAGCCGUCCAAUUGGUUUGGAAAGCCUAAGAUUACUAGUUCAUUAGCUUGUGCUCAGAGGGGUUGGAUGAAUGUUGAUAUUGAUAAAAUUAUAUGUGAAUCAUGCGGUGCAUGCCUGAGUUUUGUUUUGUUACCAUCUUGGAGUGCAGCUGAAGUUCAAAGUGCUGCUGAGGCAUUUGCGAAACAGCUUGAUGAUGGUCACAAAGCUAGCUGUCCUUGGAGAGGGAACAGCUGCCCAGAAAGCUUGGUGCAGUUCCCUCCCACUCCUCAAUCUGCCCUCAUUGGUGGAUAUAAAGACAGAUGUGAUGGACUUCUGCAAUUUCUAUUUCUUCCUAUUGUUGCUGCAUCUGCAGUUGAGCAGAUGCAGGUUUCUCGGGGUCCACUGGUUGAUCGCUUUUUGUCCCAGUCUCAGAAUUUUACUUCUGGAGAUGGAGACUUCAGGUCAGAGUGCAUACCAGAACUUGAAACCUCUAGAGAUGGAUCUGUCUGUCUGUACUCUCAAGCCCAAAAGCUUAUAAGUCUCUGCGGAUGGGAACCAAGAUGGCUUCCAAAUGUUCAAGACUGCGAAGAACAUUCUGCUCAAUCAGCUCGAAAUGGGUGUUCUUUUGGCCCUGCCCAGGCCCAAGUCCAUCUUUCACAUGAUCCUGGUACAAGCAAGAAAGCACACUCUACUUCAGCAAAAAAGGACACUGGAAAAAACAAACUGUUAGUUGUGGAGUCAAGAUGUGAUUCCAGGUCACCCUUAUUAGAUUGUAGCUUAUGUGGUGCUACCGUCAGGAUAUUGGAUUUCUUGACAGUUUCUCGACCUGCUCGUUUUGCUCCUAAUAAUAUUGACAUUCCUGAUGCAAGCAAAAAAAUGGCAUUGACACGUGGAGUAAGUGCAGCCAGUGGAAUCAGUGGUUGGGUUGCUGCUGAUGAUAUAGAGAAAGAACAUACAGAAGACCGUGAUGAAGUGGCAACAACCGACAAGGGGAAAUUGCUGCAGAACACAGAAGUUGAUUUGAAUCUCACUAUGGCAGGGGGCUUACCUUUUAUUCAUGCAGACAGGGUAGAAAUCCCUGAAAAUGUUCAUGAUGCUGAGAUGGGGAGAGAUUUAAUGAUUGGUCAACCUUCACACAGUGAGGUUGGUGAUCGUGCUGCUUCAUAUGAAUCACGAGGACCUAGUUCUCGUAAGCGGAGCCUGGAGAUAGGUGGCAGCUCAGAUGAUAGGCCAAACUUGAUAAUGCAGCCUGCUGAUAGUGUGGAGGGAACUGUCAUUGAUCGUGAUGGUGAUGAAGUCACAGAUGGGAGGCAAUUUUCAGCUGGACCUUCAAAGCGAGCUCGUGAUUCGGAUUUUUUUGAUACAAACUGUUCACUGUAUCAGAGAGACUUAUCUGGUGCUGGACCUAGCAAUUCAGUGGGUCUGGAAAUUUAUGCAGAUGGAAAUAGAGCUAAUUUAUUUCGUCAAGGAAGUGACCAAGUUUUUGGAAUUCCAUCAGCUAGGGAUUCAACACGUGCGUCAUCUGUCAUUGCAAUGGAUACAGUCUGUCAUAGUGCAGAUGAUGACUCUAUGGAAAGUGUUGAAAAUCAUCCUGGCGAUAUUGAUGAUGUUCAUUUCCCUUCUUCCAGUACGUAUGGCAAUCUGGACAUGAAUGAGACAUCUGAACUGAAUUAUAGCAAUCAAGCCCAGCAAAGCAUUUGUUUCACACGUGCUGCUGAAGUAGCCGCUGGUGAAAUGGGUGUCAGUAGUACAAAUGAUGGUGAAGAAAUUUUCAAUGCAGAAACAGUGACAGCUCAGGCUCGGGAUGGUCCCAGUUUUGGUAUCAGUGGAGGCAGUGUUGGCAUGUGCGCUAGUCAUGAAGCUGAAAUUCACGGAGCUGAUGUUUCUGUCCACAGAGCAGAUAGUGUAGUUGGUGAUGUGGAACCCAGAAUAGAAGAUGUUGAAAAUCAAGGUCAGACUGGUGAGUCUGUCCCUGAUCCUGGAUUGAUGGAUGAGAUUGUCCCUGAUGAAAUUAACAGGGAAGAUCCUCAUGGUGAUAGCCAGGAGAUGUUCUCUCGAUCUGUGGAAAGGGCAGAUAGUGGCUCAAAAGUAGAUGGUUCUACAAAGGCUGAAUCGGUUGAAAGUGGUGAAAAGGCAAGCCAAAGCUGUAAGUUAGCAUUAGAUAACAAUGCUCACCCUUCGCUUUCCUGCAAUGCAAAUAUGUACUCUGGCUAUCAAUCAACCAAGAAAGGGGUCACCAGGGCUGGAAAAUCAUCAUCUACGAACAACUGUCCUUGCAUAGAGUCUGAUUAUGCAGUUGCCAAUGGGAUAGGACCUCCAAAAGGUGAAAGCAACUACGAAGAGGUUGUAGAGUUCGAUCCAAUUAUUUAUCACAAUCAAUUCUGUCCAUGGGUGAAUGGAAAUGUUGCUGCUGCUGGCUGUAGCAGCCGUGGUGGUUCUGGCAACAAUGCUGAUGCAGCUGCACUAUGUGGUUGGCAGCUGACUUUGGAUGCAUUAGAUGCACUGAGGUCACUAGGGAAUAUCCCGAUUCAAACUGUACAGUCUGAGUCUGCGGCAUCAUUGUACAAGUAAAAGAUUUGCUUGUUUCGCCUUUCCUCAUUGGGUUCUUUACCAGGAUGAUCAUCAAACUCCUGGUCAAAAGCUCCUUCGACGGCAUUCUAUUAGCAAAAGCCAAGGGCAGCAUUGAUAUUUAACCGUGAUAGUGAAGGUACUUGCACAGUUAUAGCAAGAUCAUUUCAACUAAUAAAUUUUGCACAAAGCUUCUUGUGGUAAUGCACCUUGUUACAUGUAAUUGUCGUUGACUUUAAUGAAGCUGAAUUCCACGCAAGGUCACUAAUAGGCUAUUCGACAUUGAGGUUGUAAUUGCCUUUUCAAGUAGGACCCUUUUAGAUGCAUUUGCAAAAAGCAGUUUCAUACUUCUUUUUAGCUGCUCUGUUGAUUUUACCUUUGAAGCAGUUUUUAACGGCCUUGUAAUCAGUAUGUUCAAUAUGAUGUUUUUCCAAAAAGCAACUUCAAUAGCAAUGCUAAACAGACGCUUAACUUGUUUGGCAGAAUAAAGCAUGUAUAGAUUGCGUUGAAUGGAAUAUGUGUAGUAUAAUAGAGGAAAAGUUCAUUUUUAAUAA